UCGCAAGGUGAAUCUCCGCGGCGGCAGCCGGGGCAGGGAGCUCGGCUCGGGCGCUGCCGCCCGCGUCCGGAGCGGCUCCUCCAAGGGCUGCGGAGGAGGAUCCCUCGGCCGCCCCCGGCUUCCCUUCACCCGGAGUGUUUGGAUGCUGUAUGGAGUAAAUGAGCGGUGGGAGAGAGAGAGCACAGAGGCUGAGGGGCGUUCGGAGAUCGGGACCAGGGGAGACAGGCGAGCGGCUGGCUUCCCCCUGCGAGGCUGAACAUGGAUUCCCGAGCUCUCGGGGGCUUCACUUUGCUGGUCUUCAGUUUAUGGCACCUGGGAUUAACUGCAACAAAUUAUAAUUGUGAUGAUGCGUUGAUAUCUCCCUUACCUUCAACAGCCCUUACCAGUUCCUCUGAGCUCUCCAGUACCCACAGUCCCAGCUUUGCAAAGCUCAACAGGCGAGAUGGAGCUGGUGGCUGGUCCCCUCUGGAGUCAAAUGAACAGCAGUGGCUGCAAGUUGAUCUUGGGGACAGAGUGGAGAUUGUCACGGUCGCUACACAGGGCCGGUAUGGGAGCUCAGACUGGGUAACCAGUUACACGGUGAUGUUCAGUGACACCGGACGCAACUGGAAACAGUACAGACAAGAUGACAUCAUCUGGGUUUUCACAGGGAACAGCAAUGCUGACAGUGUGGUUCACCACAAGCUGCUGCACUCCAUGAAAGCUCGCUUCCUGCGCUUCGUCCCUCUGAAGUGGAAUGUUGGUGGGCAGAUAGGGCUGAGAGUUGAGGCAUUCGGCUGCUCCUAUAAGUCAGAUAUUGCAGACUUCGAUGGCAGAAGUUCACUUCUCUACAGGUUCAAUCAGAAGCUUAUGAGCACAUUCAAAGAUGUGGUUUCCUUGAAGUUCAAGAGCAUGCAGGGGGAUGGAGUCUUAUUCCAUGGAGAAGGACAGCGUGGAGACUACAUUACCUUGGAACUUCAGAAAGGGAAGCUCUCCUUGCACAUCAACCUGGGGGACUCCAACCUGCACUUCAGUAACAGCCACACAUCUGUCACCCUGGGCAGCCUCCUGGAUGACCAGCACUGGCACUCGGUUCUCAUAGAACGCUUCAACAAGCAAGUGAACUUCACAGUGGACAAGCACACCCAACAUUUCCGAACGAAGGGGGAUUCAGAUCACUUGGAUAUUGAUUAUGAGCUCAGUUUUGGAGGUAUUCCUGUACCAGGGAAACCAGGAACCUUUCAGAGGAAAAAUUUCCACGGGUGCAUUGAGAACCUUUAUUACAACGGAGUCAAUAUAAUUGACCUGGCAAAAAGGCGCAAACCUCAGAUCUAUACUGUGGGGAACGUGACCUUUUCUUGCUCAGAACCACAAAUUGUUCCCAUUACCUUUGUGAGCACCAGUCGAAGCUACUUGCUACUACCCGGCACUCCUCAAAUUGAUGGUUUGUCAGUCAGCUUCCAGUUUCGAACAUGGAAUAAAGAUGGCUUACUUCUGUUCACCGAGUUGUCUGAAAAUUCAGGACCUCUCCUGGUUUACCUCCACGGUGGGAGAUUGACAUUACUUAUCCAAAAAGAGACUGAGAACCCAGUGGAAAUCAGUGAAGGCACCAAUCUCCACGAUGGGCUUUGGCAUUCUGUUAACAUCAAUGCCAGAAGACAUCGCAUUACCCUGACACUGGAUAACAACGCUGCCACCGCCAGCCAUGCAACCACUGUCUCAAGGAUCUACUCUGGAAACAGCUACUAUUUUGGAGGGUGCCCUGACAAUUUCACUGAUUCCCAGUGUUUAAAUCCCAUUACUGCUUUUCAAGGCUGUAUGAGGCUCAUCUUUAUUGAUAACCAGCCCAAGGACCUCAUUUUAGUUCAGCAAGGCUCCCUGGGGAAUUUUAGUGAUUUACACAUUGAUCUGUGUGGCAUCAAAGACAGGUGUUUACCCAACUACUGUGAACAUGGAGGUAAAUGCUCUCAGUCCUGGACCACCUUUUACUGCGAUUGUAAUAAUACGGGCUACAUGGGAGCGACCUGUCACAACUCUAUCUAUGAACAUUCUUGCGAGGCUUACCGACACCAAGGGAAGACAUCAGGUUUCUUCUACAUCGAUUCUGAUGGAAGUGGACCACUUGGACCACUCCGUGUUUUUUGCAAUAUCACAGAAGAUAAGAUCUGGACUGCAGUACAGCACAACAGCACAGGGCUAACCAGAGUCCAAGGAGCUGACCGGGAGAAGCCGUACACCAUGUCCUUCAACUACAACAGCAGUGCAGAGCAGCUGGAAGCCGUGAUAAGCAGUGCAGAGAACUGUGAGCAGGAGGCAGCCUACCACUGCAAAAAGUCACGUCUCCUGAAUACCCCGAAUGGAAUGCCAUUUGCUUGGUGGGUUGGCCGUGCCAAUGAAAAGCAUCUUUACUGGGGAGGAUCUCUUCCGGGCAUUCAACAAUGUGCAUGUGGACUGGAAGAAAGUUGUCUGGAUAUGAGAUAUUUUUGCAACUGUGACGCAGAUAGAGAAGAAUGGACAAAUGAUACCGGCCUCCUUACUUUCAAAGACCAUUUGCCUGUAACUCAGAUAGUGAUCACUGACACAAACAGAUCAAAUUCUGAGGCUGCUUGGAAAAUCGGCCCUUUGCGUUGCUAUGGAGACAGACAGUUCUGGAACGCUGCUUCCUUCAACACAGAGGCCUCCUAUCUGCACUUCCCCACAUUCCACGCCGAGUUUAGUGCAGACAUCUCCUUCUUCUUCAAAACUACUGCCGUCUCUGGGGUAUUCUUGGAAAACCUUGGGAUUAAAGACUUCAUACGAAUUGAAAUAAGCUCCCCCAAAGAGAUCACCUUCUCCAUAGAUGUCGGGAAUGGCCCCACAGAAGCCACUGUGCAGUCUCCCAGCCCCCUGAAUGACAACCAGUGGCACUACAUCCGAGCAGAGAGGAACCUCAAGCAAACGUCUCUCCAGGUGGACAGCCUCCCCAAGAAGGUCCUGGAGGCACCUACUGAGGGGCACUUUCGCUUGCAGCUCAACAGCCAGUUGUUUGUAGGAGGAACAGCUUCCAGACAGAAGGGCUUUUUGGGAUGCAUUAGAUCUCUGCAUUUAAAUGGACAGAAACUUGACCUUGAAGAGAGAGCUAAAAUGACACCUGGUGUUAAACCUGGAUGUCCAGGGCAUUGCAGCAGUUAUGGUAACCUGUGCCAUAAUGGAGGUAAAUGUGUGGAGAAGUAUACUGGUUACUUCUGUGAUUGUACCAACUCAGCCUAUGAAGGACCUUUCUGCAAGGAAGAGGUUUCUGCAUUAUUUGAAGCCGGCACUUCCGUUACCUAUAUUUUCCAAGAACCUUAUCCUGUCACAAAAAAUGCAAGCACCUCAAGCUCUGCCAUUUAUGUGGAUGCUGUCAUGUCCAAGGAGAAUAUUGCAUUUAGCUUUCUCACAGCACAUACCCCAAGCCUUCUACUGUACAUCAACACCUAUUUUCAUGAAUAUUUGGCCGUGAUUCUCUCCAAGAAUGGAAGUUUACAGGUUCGAUACAAGCUGAGUAAAGAUGGGCUUCUCAUUUUCACCAUUGACUCCGGAAAUUUUGCCAACCGAGAGCUGCAUCAUGUGAAGAUUAACAGAGAAGGCAGAGAGCUCAUCAUUCAGGUUGAUCAAGUUCUCAAACUCAAACACAACUUUUCUGAGAUUGAUUUUAAGGCCAUUAAAUCACUCACCUUGGGCAAGGUCACAGAUAGUUUGUCACUGGACCCUGAAGUCUCAAAGGCAAAUGCCUAUGGUUUCACUGGCUGCUUGUCCUCUGUUCAGUACAACCACAUUGCUCCCCUGAAAGCUGCCUUACGCCAUCCCAGCGUUGCUCCUGUGACUGUCAAAGGUUCCUUGACUGAAUCCAGCUGUGCAUCCAUAAUGGAUGCUGAUGUGAACACAGCAACAACAAUAUAUUCUUCAUCAGAUCCUUUCGGGAAGACAGAUGAAAGAGAACCUCUCACCAAUGCAGUCAGAAGUGAUUCAGCUGUGAUUGGAGGUGUAAUAGCAGUUGUGAUAUUCAUCAUCUUUUGCAUCAUUGCCGUCAUGAGCAGAUUCCUCUAUCAGCACAAACAAGCACAUCGAAGUAGCCAGAAAAAGGAGAAGGAAUACCCAGAAAACCUCGAGAGCAACUUUAAAGCUGACAUUGACUUGCAGAACACAGUGAGCGAGUGCAAACGGGAAUAUUUUAUCUGAUGGACAAUGCAAUUUAUUCUUGCUCUUACUUCCCUAACCUUCCUUUCUUUAUUCCUUUAUUCCUUUCUCCCUUCCUUAUUUUCUUUUUAGAAAUUUUUUUUUAAACGUUCGUUUUUUGCUAUUCCAUUUGGAAAAGACCGCCCUGCACAGGAAACACUGAGAACAAUCACAGUGCCUCAUUCUCUGCACAAGAACCUGGCAAUUACAGUUUACUUCUUCAGCUCAAGAGACCUGUUAUCCCACCCUACACAAAAUAAGAUCCACAUGCACACCUUGUGUCUGCUGUCAGUUCUUGGAUGUUUCGAAGUCCCUACAUUUAUUUGUGUUUUUUUCUCUGGAGCUAUUUAAGUUAUCACUUUUACAGUAGAGCUGGACUAUGUAAAGUACAGGUAAAGUAGUUGAACACAUAGCUCUAGAGGUACUGGGACAGGAUAGAGGGAAAGAAUGAAACCAAAACACUUGAUUUAUUUCAUGGGCUUAUUUACAGCAAUCAUAAAAAACUGGCCAAAUUCUCAAAUGUUAUUAAUUGUUAUAUUGUCUAUUGAUUUAAAUGGUGUUACAUUAAUUUAUACUAGCUGAGAAGCUGGUAUGACGUAAAGGAGAAUAAAACUGUCCUCAUUAAGCUCCUUCCCCCAACCUCCUGUCCUUUUACUGUAACUUUUAGGCUUAUCAGCACUUUUCCAACAAUAUAUGUAUCAAUAAUAAAUGUCAUUCCCAUUCACCUCUUCCACCUCCAUCUUGUAAGGCUGGCUAUGUAGACCCAACAUACUCUAGCAUAACUAGCUGAAGCAUGGAAAAUAGUAGCUUGAAUCUCCAAGGGUUUUAGGAAGCUGCUAGGACUUAGGUGCUCUAUAUUUGUCUGAAAUUUUAGAAAUGCAGCAUAUGCCUGUUCAUGCUAUAUGGAGGAUUAUCAUGCACUUAAGUUAAACACUGUUGCUGCUGUGGAAAAAAAGAAAUAUAUAGAUGAGAAAAACAAAAAUAGUUUACUCUUAAACAUGAUACACACCUUCUGCAAGUUCUUUUAAAAAAAGAAAAAAUAAAUCCAAAUACUCAAAAAAACCCUCCGAAAACUGCAUGUAACAUUGAUUGGUAUAUCUUGUUUGUAGAAGCUGGAAUACCUUCUCCAAAGAUAAAUAGAUCCGAUAUUGAACAACCGUGUUUACAAGUAACAUUAGGGAAACAAAAAAGAUCCCAAAUACUCGUACUUCAAAUUAAUCUUCUCUUCUUUUUUCCAAAGUCUUCUGUCCUUUCCUGAUUGGGAACAAUACUGAAGACUUGAAUUCCACCCAUAUUACUUGUGCUGCAUAGUUACAAUGUGAGGCUUAAAAACCAUUUUUUCAGCCACAGACAUCCUAAGGGUCAGAAAAUGGAAGAGUCCCAACAAGGCAGGUUUGCACACUGUAUUGUUUCCAUGUGACAUCUGUCUUCUCAGGGCUUCUAAAGAGCAUGUAGAAUUUGCAUUAGGACUUGAAGGUUUCUGACAGUAGUUGAAUGGAGCCUACAGUUAAGGGAAAAAAAAAACCUUAUUCAUUGCAGUACUCUUAAUAAGAAUUAAUUCAAGACAAUUAAUUGUACAGCUGAAUCUCUUUCUUUGCCCUACACCCUUGUGCAAUCAUCCUGGGGUUUCCACAUGAGGGUCCUUUUUACAUAAAAUGAAAGAAUCACAGUAUGAGGUAAUAAGCCACAGCAAGCUAGAGAUGAGUUUACCCAUGCAACAGAUAGUAUUUUUCUAGGCAGUGAAUUUCAAAGGUAAGUAGCUGUUUAUUUGGGGGAUUUUUAUGAGGAGAGAGAGCAGGCAAGGAAGAAUAAAUAAGUGACAGUUUGGAUAUGGUGGUUCUUCAUCACUUCUUUGGAACAUCCAGUGAAGAGAAAGCAAUCUUAGAAUUAUAUCAUUCUCAUGCGAAGAGGAAUAUGUGAAACCACCUCUUAACUGAGCAAUUUCAUGAAGCCAUUUAUAUUGAAAUUACUAUUAGUGCUGUUCUUCCUCAGUCAUAGUCAACAAUAGCCCUUUUGCCACAUGCUGGCUGAUUCAUGUGAUUACUGAGAGUGUUUCUGUGUGAUGAGCUGUGUAAUAAUGGAUUCGUGACCCUGAGAUUAUCUCAGCUGGUUAGACCGUGGUGCUAAUAAUGCCAAAGUCGUGGGUUUGUAUCCCUGUGUGGGCCAUUCACUUGAGAAUAGGACUGGUGAUCCUUGUGGGUCCCUUCCAACUCAGAAUAAUCUGUGAUCUGUGAUUAGCUGAGCUCCCUUUACGUUUCUUUAUUUUUGCAGUAAAAUCCUGGCAAAGAAAUUAUUUUUAUUUCUUCCUUUCCCCAGAUAAAGCCUCUUUGUUUGACAUGGCAGGAGGGAAGGAAUAAGAGAGCUUAUGGGCUCCUGUUUGGGUCCAUGUUUGAGUCAUCUUCUCUGAAAUGGCCUGUGUAUGAGACAUCUCUGAACUCCUAACGUGCUUAAUUGACUUUAUGAAGAAUGGAACAGGAAGAAGGGGAAUGCCCCCAAUUGUGUAUUUUUCUCUAGAUGAACUAGCAGAUGCAAAACAUCCUUCUGUUUUUCUACAUGUUAGUUUUCAGGAACAAAACUACUACAGAGUGCUGCAACAGUAAAGUGAAAAGCAGCUCCAGCAGCAGAGUAGCUGGAGAAGGGAGACUGAGCAAUGAAGCAGUCCUCUCAUUCCUAAAGUAACUAAAUUACUUUCAGUCAUCAUAAGACCUGAUUCUGCAAGAAGCUGAACUUCCUCAAGGAGGAUCAAGUUCUCAUUACCAAAGGUAGACAUUAGUGUUGCUGCAAACGUUUCAGAUACAGCUCAGUGGCUCAGUCCCAGGCCAGAGGGCAAGUGUAGUGGCAAUGCUCUGUGCCAGCCCACAUCUGGCAAAACACUGUCAAGUGGUUAAUUUGUCCAUUUUUCCUUAUCCUCCUUUAAUGUAGCCCAGGCUGGUAAAACUCUUUGAAAACUUACCUUUGGUGUGCAUCUGUAAAAAGAAAGAACUGCACAUAUAUAAAUGCUUACAUGAGUAUACAGAGACGUGCAUCUAUACCUAUGGAUGUGCUUAUAUGGGAAUAUUCUUAUGCUACAGGACUGAACCAAUGAACACAUUUGUAUGGACUUCUAAAUCAGGAUGCCAAAAUUCUUCUUAUUAAAAGGUAGCUAAAAGAUACUAUAUGAAGUACCCUAAUACUAACUCCUUUUUUGGUUUUUUUAUUGUUUUGUUCUAAUGCUUUCUUUACUGAGGGCAUAAUUGGAUUUCCUUCAGUACCAGUUAAAGAAAAUUAAUAAUAUUUUUUUAUAAAAAAGAAGAAAUACAAUUUCUUUCAUUUUCCACAGUUCAAAUUAGACCUUUUCCCCAUUUAUUAAAAACCAUCUCUGUUAUUUUGGUUAAAAUUUCUCUUUAGAUGGGGUAGUUUUUCUUUUAGCUAUUAUUCUAGAUAACAUUUUUAAGUAAACAUAAAAUAAUAAUUUUUAUACAUAAAAUGUCGUGUUUCAUUUCAGUGGAAAAGAACUGUUGGAACAUUGUUUGGGUUUUCUUCCUUAUCCUAAAAUGAGUUUCAUAAUAAAAGUAAGGGACUGGUAGAAGCAUACUAAGUCUCUUUUUUUUCUUUUGGUGAUACGAUAUGUAACCUGUGAAAAUUAUUACUGCUAGGCAGGGAUUUUUAGACUGUGAAAUUACUAAGUAUCUUAGAUAUGGAUUUAGGCUCUGCAAAUUCUUGUUUUCUGGAAAAGACUUGGCCAAUAACUGCCAUGCUUAUAAAGAUAUUUAGUCAUGCAGUCUGAGUUGGAUGCCUGGAAGGACUGUCUGAGAAUCCCAGUGCCUGGCUAUAGAAAACAAAGCAAAGCUGUCUGUUGGAAAGCUAAAUCCAACUAACUUUCAGUGUGACAUAGGCUGCCACCUGGGUGAAGGGUGGGCUUUCAAAGGAAUUUGAUGUGAGGUGGAUGUGGGUGGAUCAAUGCUUAAGUAAGUUACUGCAGAAGAUGAGCAUUUAACUCAAAUUAAUUCCAGCUCAAUUUCUGCUUCUACCUUCCUGUGAAAUGUUUUAAUAUACAACAAGAGAUUUAAAUACCUUUGAAAAUUGAAUCCCAUUUCUCUUCUGGAAAUAAAAUAUUGGUCCUCAGUAAGUCACCUAUGUAACUGGCAGUUAGUAUUUCAUCUGUCCUUAUUUACUUACUAGAGACAAGACAGUGUGAGUGUUUUGGGUAAAUUUUUUACAUGUACACUUUUUUAGUUUUUCUUGGUUUUGCCAUGGCUCAGCACAAAGCCAAACAAAAGACACAGCUUUAACUUACAUUGGCUAAACCAGAAUUCUUAUCUGGGUGAAUAUAACUGUAAAAACCAGACAUAUGGAGUUGUACUGUUAUCAAAUUGUGUUCAGUCAUGAGAUGCCCCUGAUACUUAAGUUAAAACUGAUAGCCAAAUUACAACCAUAGGACAUUUUCUCUCUGCUUUAUUUUAACCUGAUAUAGUUAGACUUAAUUCAUCCUAUUUAUCAAUUGCCCAAUUUUUACAGUGUGAGACAAAUCCUUAUUUUAAUGAGAUCUUUGAGUAUAUUAGGAUUUAGCUGAUCACAUGUUUCACAUAUUGGGUGAGGAGCAAUCAAUACAUCAUAUUGUUUCACUAUGGUGAGCGGUUAUGAAUCUUCUCCUAAUGAAGUCAGCUAUUGAUUUUGCUGAACAUAAGAUUGAGUCCUAGACCUAUGAAAGCACUUGGAUAUUGCUUUUGUCUGAGUCUUUUGGGUUUGUUUCAUUUUGCAUUUGGUUUUACCUGCUACUUGUUUUACACUUGUCAUCCAGUUCAGUCCAGCCCUAUGGUCAACGAAGACAGGGCAAAUGUUUCAAACAUCCUUUAAGAUUAAAUGAAUCACUAGAGAUGCAUCUUUCUCUCAAUUGAUGAUAGAGACAGGGUAUUCUCCUGGCAAUAGGUUAGCUACUUCUAGCAGAAUUUGCUUACAUAUUGGAAUUUUACACUAGCUUUGCAGAUCCAGUAGACACAUCUGCACAGAUCUUAUAAGUGACUUGGAUUUUUUUUUUACUGAGGUGACAACUGGGUCAAGGAAGGACACCUCUUUGCAUCUAAAAUUAUACUAGAUAUCUCUGCCUAGUAAAUGCAUUCAUCUACUUGUAGCCAAAUUCAAGAAAAUCAAGUGUCAAAAUACCUAUUGGAGCCAGUGAUGAUCCGAUCAGUAAUAUAUGGGGCUUGGAAGAGGUUUAUUCUCCUUCCAGUGUAUUCUAAAUCCAAGAUCCAUUUUUUGCCUCAUGUGGGAGCUUUGACAGAUAGAAUACAUGUAGACAGAUCCACACAUCUCCUAAUCUAAAGCUAACUCAGCCCCUUCAGGUGACUUUCUAGUCCUGAAUGUCUGGUGCCGUUUGAGAGGAACUAGGGUAUCUCUGCAGUUCCAGUAAGGAGUCAUGUCUCCUGUCUGUCACAUCGUGCAUCUGUUAGCCCCAAGCAGAUAUGUCUGAUACCUGUUGGCUUUGCAAAUUAUAGUAAGUGCCCAUCCAGAACUCCUAAGCUCUUGAUGAGCUGAAUCUCUUAAAAGAAAAAAAAAAAUCCCAUCUUCAGAACAAAAUCAACUUCCUUUUCAUCAGUGUAAGCCAAGUAGUUGACGUGUGUCCUCCACAUCAACAAGAGUGUAGAGGAGGCAGAACUUGAUCCCUUUUGCUCCACCAUCUCAUGCCAUCACUGUCUAUCGAUGUCACCUACACAAAGCUUACCCUAAACAAGAUCAGAGUCAAGUAUUGUUCUGCACUGCCAGUUUUUCACAGAUAAAGAGUUUUUUUUAUUUUUCAGAAAGCACACUUAGUAAAAGACUCAAGCAAAGUGUGAGACCUUGUGAGGCUCUAAGACAAGUGCUAUUUCAAAGCUUUUAUGUGAUUUUUUAAUACCUACUUACCAACAAGCCAAGUGAUAUAGCUACAUCCCUGUCAAACCAGGGGCCUUAUCCAGAGUCUUUAGAGGUUGGUGAGAGACCUCUUGGUGACCUCUUGCACCAUGCCCUUGAAGAUUUUGGGGGUUUUGUUCACAAGUUACUAUCACAGCUUCAAAGCAUGAUUUGUUCCCUGCACUUUACUGCACUUCCUUUCCCAAUGAAAAGUUCUUCAUGUCCUCUUUUGGUGUGGGCGGCCCCCUCCUCUGUGCUCCUUUUGUACAUGAAACUUCUAACGGCACUGUUCUUUUGGGUCUGGAGUAGCUUUUUUCUUUUAUUGUUUAUUUUGAGUCAUGCAUAUAGGAGCUUGGAUAUAUUAAUGUAUUGGUACUUAUUUUUGUGAUCUUUUGCACUAAGUUACUCUGACAAAAAACAAAAA